AUGGAUCAAGGAGGUCGUGGUGGCGGAGGAGCUGAGCAUGGAAAGUUUCGGGGAGUUCGGAGACGGCCUUGGGGAAAAUACGCGGCUGAGAUACGAGAUUCAAGAAAGCACGGUGAACGUAUAUGGCUUGGUACAUUCGAUACUGCAGAGGAAGCGGCUAGAGCAUAUGACCAAGCGGCCUACUCAAUGAGAGGCCAAACCGCGAUUCUGAACUUCCCUCAUGAGUAUAACAUGGGAAGUGGCGGCUCUUCUCUCUCUGCCAUGGCUGGAUCUUCCUCUUCCUCCGCCUCGGGCGCUUCUUCUUCUUCUUCUUCUUCUAGGCAAGUUUUUGAAUUUGAGUAUUUGGACGAUAGUGUUUUGGAGGAGCUCCUUGAGCAGGGAGAGAAUACUAACAAGGCAAAGAAGAAGUGA